ACCUUUAUAUUGCAAAAAUGAUUUCCGCAUUAUUAGACAAAAAUGAAUAUUGCAAUUUAUACCACAUUAUCAAUUAAUUUACUUCAUUUUGAAUCAUGCAGAACUGUAUCAGCCGAAGUAAAGUGCUUCAGAUCACUUAGCGAUGGAAAAAAAGCAUGGUAUUGUUGUGAUAACUAUGAAGACAUUAACGGAACUUGUGUUGCAUGUACAGACGGCUAUAUAUCAGACAAUGGGGAAGCGUGUCGUCCGUGCACAAAAGGAUUAUAUGGUCGAAAAUGUGGUGAAGUUUGUGCUUGUGAAAAGUUUCAAGAAUGCAACCACAAAGAGGGAUGCAGAAAUUUUUCAGACGUCGUGACAACAGCAACGUUUUAUGAAGAUUUGAGUACCCCUCGCCUAUUAUUAAUGUCAAGUAUUAACCCAGACACAAAUGAAGGAAAACUAAAAACAGAAAUAAUUAUAGUUAUCUGCACCUGCACAAUUUGCUUGUUAUUGAUAAUAUGCAUGAUUUGGUUUCGACAUUACACGAAACAAAGAUUGUUACCCGAAAAAGGAGCAAGGAAUUCUGGAAGCAAAUCUACUGAACUUGGUGAAUUAAAAACCUUAAAUGCUUGUGGAAUGUAUGAUUAUAUAGACGAAUCUAAAAUUUGCGACUUAGUUAGACUGCCUUCAAUCGAUCAAACCCAAAACAGAAAAGAAGGAGAUCAACUUACAAAUGAAUUUUCCGACGACGAUGACGACGAAGACUACAGCGACGACACCGAAAACAACAACGAUGAAACAGACAAAACGCUUGAUGAUGGUUAUUUGAAACCUUAUAAUAUGCUUAAAUCGUCUGAAGCAAAUCAUAGAUAUAGCAGAACUGGCGUUGCAGGUAGUAGAACGUCUUCUGAUGCAGUUGGUCGCAAUACUACAGAUGAAGUAUUGCAAUUGGCAAGUGACGAAAUAUCGAGCGAAAAAGGACAGAAGGACAUGUCAAAAUAUAUCAGUAUACAUGAGCCUGACGUACUCACUGUGGAUGUUCACUGUCCAAUAUCCAUGCAUGAAUCGGUUCCUGAUACACAACCUACUAUUGAUAUUACAAGCGACAUAGCGUUUUCCUUAGUUUGAAAUGAGUAUUGGUAUAACUGGGCAUAGACUAUAGACUAAUGUAUGCAACUUUCACUCUCACAUCUCAGUUAAUGCAUAUUAAUUUUAUGUUUGAAAAAUAGAAAUAGAAAUGUGUUAACCUUCUAAACAUUUCUUUUUAAAAACACGUCAUGGUUGCACUUUGUAAAUACAGCUGUUUCUCAAACCACGCCUCUUUUGGGGAGAUAUAUAAUAUUCAUAGAUAAUUUGAUUUGUUUACGUACUGGUUCCCAGAUAUGAUCUAUAUGUUUCAUCUCAUAGAGACAUAACUUGGGACUGUUACCAGUAUAAAAACAUAUUAUGUCGGUUAAAAUUAAAUUCGGAAGUAGGCACAAAGUGAAGGUAGGAGUAGAAAAAAAUUUUAGUAUAAGUUUAAACUCUUACAAGUUCGGGGCAUAUAAAUGUUGAAAAUAUGCCGCACAACCCUAUGUUUUGACCUUUGAAUAAAAUAGUAGUGCAUAUCAACUUUCCAUUCUAUGAUAUAAUUUUUUACGAAGCUUCAUAGUAAAAGUGGCACAGUUUUAGCCGCAAAGGGGGUUCCUAUGGGAAAUUGCAUUGUCUAUAUUUACAGAAAUGCAAUCUCAUAGAAGUAACUAAAAAAUGUUGGAGUAAGGCCAUCAAUACAGCAAACUAACGACACUCCUAAUCAUGAUUAAAUGCUAUGAUGAAAGCUUUUUAGGUAAAGACUUAACUUCAAAUAUCACACAGACCUAACAAUAUCAAUGAUUCCUGUAAAUGAGGUAAAUGUCUGCUGAACCCUAUAAAGUGGACAUGCGAUCAUUCCAUAUAUCAAAUAUAUGUUAACCACUUGCUUAUGUUUUCGUUAUAAUUAUGUCUAUCUGAGAUACUUUAAGCAACUUUUUAUUAUUUAAGAUAAAAAGAAUUCGUUUUCAUUAAUUGAAAGUUUUAUUAAGUUUGUUUAUUAAGUAAUGUUGAACCAAUUGCUUAUUGAUUUUGAUGAAAUGACUAAUUUAUAUAAAUCGUUGUAUACAUAUUCUUUCCUUUCAGAAUGAAAGACAUUUUUCUUUUUUUUUCUUUUUUUUUGAAUCCGGACGAUACCAAGUUUCAAUAACAUUGGCUUCAAGGAAUAAAAUAAUGACUUUUGAACAAUUUCCUGCACAUUUUUGUAGAAAAUGAUAUUUUGCAAGGGUAUAUAGGUCAGAUAAUGCAUGUUUUUGUUUUGUUUUUGACGUAUAACACACCUGGUGGUGUCAUCAAGCAAAUCAAAUCUUCGAAAAAUGCAUUUUCUAUAUCAUAUUCUUUGUUUCUAUCAAUCAUUUCAAAAUUAUUGUUGCAUUACUAUUUAAAUCAGGUUAUGUUAACUUCUCGACUUACAAUGUACUCGACCAUACACAAAAAUGUGCAUUUAAACGACAACAUUAAAGGGUUAUAUUUAAUUUUUUAGAUAUCGGUCUGUUGUUGUCCAUGUUUAAUGAUGCAAACUAUAUUUAUAUCUUAUGAUUAUUUAAGCAGUACAUUACUAUUGCAUCUUAAUUUAGACAUGUAUUUGAACAAUUUCAAAUUAAGAACCAAAGUGUUUGAUUUAUCAUCAACAUAGCAAAUAAACUAUUUCAAAACAAAAACGAAACUGUAACUAUUUUCGGCGAAUAAAAAGAGUACCUACAGUUUGUGUAUGCGUUCAUUUAUUCACCUGGUGUUAUUUUUUUUAAAUAUCUGGAGCUCAUUCUUAUUCUGUUUGACGAAUAAAUUAGUACUCACCUCUAA